AUGACUAUCGUUACAACACUCCGUAGCUCCAUACCUAGACAGUCCAUCUUGGUGACAGGUGGUGCGGGCUUCAUCGGCUCCCACCUUGUCGAAGCCCUGCUUGCCGACGGGUAUUGGAAGGUUGUGGUUAUCGACAACUUCGAUGACUUCUACUCCCCCGAAAUCAAGCGUGCCAACCUCGCAGGCCUUCUACAACACCCCAACCUCACAGUCUACGAGGCCGAUAUACGCGACGUGCCAGCCCUGUCGGCCAUCUUCGCCGAAAGCAACUUCUCCGUUGUGGUCCAUCUUGCGGCUCGCGCAGGAGUUCUCCCCUCUCUGCAGUUCCCAGACCUUUACUAUGACGUCAAUGUCACUGGAACGAUGAACCUGCUGCAGUGUUGCAAAGACUUUGGAGUCAAGCAAUUUGUCUUUGGGUCAUCCUCCAGUGUCUAUGGCCUGGGCGCAAAGGCUCCCUUCUCCGAAACUCAGAACACCACAAAGCCCAUUUCGCCAUAUGCUGCAUCGAAAUCAACAGGUGAAUUGCUGUGCCACACAUGGUCUCAUCUGUAUCAGAUUCGCUGUGUCUGUCUGAGGUUCUUCACCGUUUACGGCCCUCGCCAACGCCCGGAUCUUGCGAUCCACAAGUUCACCAGACUCAUCCACCAAGGCAAGCCAAUCCCUCUUUUUGGAGACGGCUCCUCAAUCCGGGAUUACACCUACAUCGACGACAUUAUCGAUGGAAUCUUUGGGGCUAUUGACUAUGACGGUUCUCUUUUUGAAGCCAUCAACCUCGGAGAGUCGCAGACCAUCAAGUUGAUAGACCUUAUCAGUGUCCUUGAAGGGACGUUGGGAUGCAAAGCACUCAUUGACUGGCGAGGAGAGCAAGCUGGAGAUAUGCCACUCACGUACGCAGACGUUUCCAAGGCGGGUUCACUGAUCGGGUACAAGCCUAAGACCAAAGUGCAGGAGGGAAUUAUCAAGUUUGUUGCUUGGUAUCUGAACCACAACGAGGUCUAG